AUGUCAGAAAAACCGCCGAAUAAACGCCAACACACCCCGUAUGCCUUGCUUGGCGAGAGUGACUUGGCCAAGAGAGCCUGUCUCGAACAGCCGAGUUUUCUCGACACCUCGAGGCUUCAAGAGCCCUCUUGGCUGAAUCCGAUAUCUUCUUCCAAUCCGAGCCAGCGAAACUCAUUCAGCCCGUUCGCAUUGAGCGAUACAGGAAGUUCGCGGCUAUCUCCCCUUGGCCAUCAACCAAUUGGUAACGAGGAUACCGUCAUGCUAUCGGACAAUGAGUCUGAUCAGUGCUGUUUUGGAGAACUUCUAAUCGAAUUUUUGUCACCGGCCACGUUGAGUGAAGAUCUCUCACAUGUUCCCAUUGAGCUCCGAUUCUCAGGCCACGUCAUAAGCCUUCAUGUUGAAGGCUCUGGUAACUAUAUGGGUCGUAUAGAAUCCAAGGCUAUAGUCGAUCUCGUUGAGGACUACCAAGUGACCCUUGCCACCACUUUAGAAUGUCCGCCUGUCAAAAAGAAGAAGUCCGCUGAUUCCUUUCAAACACCAAAAACACUCCACAUUGUCGUCUACGGGUUGCGAAAGGACAUGAACGAAAUUGGUGAUAUCCUGGAAGGCUCCGAACUCUUUCUCCAGCAUCCCACUGAAUACGACACUCGCUUGGAGUAUUUGAAUCCUCAGUACCUUCUGAGACCCGGCUCAACUAUCCCCAGAGCUGAUGGUGCGGCCUUCCAAGCAAUUGAAAAACAACACUCACCUGAACAAGUUAUGGCGGAAAAGGCGAAGAGCGAAGUCCAUCGGGUGUUUGACUCUGCCAGUGGACCGUCGACUUUUACGCAAGUACAACCAAGUUCCAGGCUAAGAACGUGUCUACAAGAGUAA